CACACACACACACACACACACUGACACUGAUACACACCUUUACAGUCCACUGAGGCUCGGUGUCAGGCAGAUGUGAAAGAGAGAGAGAGAGAGAGUGUGUGAGAGAGAGAGAGAAUAUUAAUCAAAGCUUUAUUGUUAAAAACAAAACAGUUUGUUAUAGGAGAGACAGAGGGGAGCACUGCUGGAGAGAGAGUGUGUACGGGAGAAGUCUGUGGGGAACAGGAGGAGGAGGGCCAGCUUGCUGGUUUGCUCGAGGAGGCAGGACUUCUCUGGCUCUGUGGUGCGCUCCGACACCGAAGAUCUGCUUUAAUAACAGACCAGAGGAGGAGGAAGAGGAGGAGAGAGAUACAGAGAGAGAGGGAGAGAGAGAGCGCGCAGUGGAUUCCACUCCUCCGUCCCUGACAGUCGACAACGCGCAUCCAUGUGCCAAACGGACCUUUGGAUCCAGAGCGCAGAUUGAGGGGAACCUCCUCGUGGAUCAGCUUCACUCGCUGGUUCUCCGACAGGAAGACCAGACAGUUGAAAACUCUCAGGAUCUUAAACACCAGCUCAGAUCAUAUUGGACACUGAAGAAGCCAAUCUCUGCUCUCCUUUUCAUCCCCACCACCCAGGAUCUCCUCACUUGCGGGAUCUGACUUCCCCGAUGUCCUGUAAAUGAGUCUUCACAAUCGGCUUUUUCGCGCACGACGUGCGCAGCCGCGGCGUCUUCGCUCCGUCCGCGCGUCCUUUUCAUUUUAAUGCGCCUCUGAGCCUCACUUUGCUGAAACUGAAAAAAAAGACUUGAUUGGAAUAAAACCCCCGGUCUGUGAGGGGAGCCGCCGGACGUGGACACCCGCCUCCAAUUCUUCCUUGGAUUGUUUGAAUUCUAUUUAUUCUCCACAGUUCCCCAGGUUCUCGUUCUUAUCCUGGAACCGGUCCUGAGGAUGUUGCUCCGCUGCUCGGAUCCCUUCUCUUGGUCCACCUGUAGGUUUUUCUUCUACUUUCUGCUGCUGCUCCAAACGCCGCGCUCCUCCUCUCCACUAAUUACAGGUACGGAGGCCAGCUGUGAUAAUGAAGGUGAAGUCCUCCACAUCCCCAACAUCACAGACAACCCCUGCAUCACCUGCGUCUGCCUGGAAGGAAAAGCCGACUGUAAACAGGAGAAAUGUCCGCUGGUCUCUGAAGACUGUGCUCUGGUGGUAAAACAGACCGGAGCCUGCUGUGAGAGGUGCAAAGGCUGCAUGUUGGAUGGACAGUCUUACAACAGCUCUGUGUCCUGGACGUCGUCUGCCAAACCCUGCAUAACUCGUCGAUGUCAGGAAGGUGUGGUCACUGAGGCGGAAGUGCAGUGUGUUGUCCACUGCAAGAAUCCCAAAAUCCACCCCAAGAAGUGCUGCCCCACCUGUCCCACUUGUAUCUUUGAGGGGCGUCUGUACAAGGAGAAGGAGGAGUUUAGUCCAGAGGGAAAGCCCUGCAUCAAGUGCACCUGCUCUGGAGGAAGGACUCUGUGUGUGAGGGAGGUGUGUCCUGUUCUCUCAUGCCCCGCCCACCUCAGCCAUACCCCACCUGGACAAUGCUGCCCUAGAUGCCUUGGUCAGAGGAAAGUGUUUGAUCUGUCUUUAGGCAGCUGCCUUUUCCACAGCGACGUCUACGAGAACGGAACUUCCUUCAUACAUGACAACUGCACCACCUGCACAUGCAGGGAUUCCACUGUGGUGUGUAAAAGACGGUGCUCAAGGCCUGGAAGUUGUCAGGGCAGCCAGUGCUGUGAGGAGUGUCUGUCCUACGUCAAGGUGGAGGAGGUGAAGUACUGCAGAGUCAAGAACAAGAUCUACCGGGAAGGUGACAUGUGGUCUUCAGUUAACUGCUCCCUUUGUGCCUGUGUAAAAGGAAACAUAGAGUGUCGACCCAAACAGUGUGUGCCAAUCACAAGCUGCCCCUCGAACAAGAUCCUGAACAGAACUGGCUGCUGCCCAGUUUGCACUGAAAAGCCUGGUGUAUGCACAGUGUUUGGGGAUCCUCACUACAACACAUUCGAUGGAAGGACCUUUAACUUUCAGGGAACCUGUCAGUACGUACUGGCCCAUGAUUGUAGUGGAAUUGUGGCGGGAAGUCCAGGAACAAAUAUCAACAUUAACAGCCCUGAAUCUGGCUUCACGGUGUUGGUAAAGAAUGAUGCACGACGGACUCGCUCUUUCUCCUGGACCCAGUCUGUGGAGGUCAGACUGGGAAGUCUGGUUCUGGGUCUCCACCAACACCUCACUGUUCGGAAAAACGGCACACGCAUUGCUCUACCCUACCAUGGCCCAGGGGUUCACAUCGACCUGGACGGAUACCUGCUUAAACUCACCACCAUUGCAGGUCUGGAGAUUACCUGGGAUGGAGACAGUUUCGUCGAGGUUGUAGCCGCCCCACACCUUCGUGGGCGUCUCUGCGGUCUUUGCGGUAACUACAACGGCCACAAGCGGGACGACACCAUGGGAGGCGAUGGGCAGUUCAAGUUUGAUGUGGACGAGUUUGCAGAGUCGUGGCGUGUGGACGGGAAUGAAGUUUGUACUCAGCAGUAUCCACCCCGGAGACCCACGUCCUUUCUGUGCCCUGGCAGUGUCAAGGUCAAGUUCCGGGCUCACAGGGAGUGUCAAAAGAUAAAGUCCUGGGAGUUCCAGAAGUGUCACCGUGUGGUCGACUUUGGUCCUUUCUACAGGUCGUGUGUGACGGACAUGUGCGAGUGCCCAGUUCAUAAAAACUGCUACUGCGAGUCCUUUAUUGCCUACAGUCGAGCAUGUGAGAGGGAGGGAGUCCCAGUUCUGUGGAAGGCGGACACCGCCUGUAUGGCCACUCAGUGUAAACACGGUGCUGUGUACGACACCUGCGGACCAGGCUGUACCAAAACCUGUGACAACUGGAAUGAGAUUGGACCGUGCCACAAGCCCUGCGUGGCCGGCUGUCACUGUCCUGCCAACCUGGUGCUGUUUCAGGGACGUUGCAUCAAACCCAUAUCCUGCCCGGGACGGUGACCCUUGUGAUCUGGGAGGGAGGGGGGUUUAGAUUAGUUCAGGUCAGGUAACAGGGAUAAAGGUCAUUUAGGAAACACACAGUGCCCACCUGUAAAACAAAGACUUUGAAGCGUCAGGUGCCACAACGUACUCUGAGUCUACAGUGAAGGACUGAAGUGGAACAAUGUGGAUGUGAGGCUGAUCCUCACUGCAGCUUCAGCCUCUGACUCUCUGUAAACCAUGAACCUGUAGGAGGGAUUGUAGGGAUCUGGAGAUUCCACGAUCUGUGACCGUGGACACUCAGGAAACAAUCAGGGCCGAUGGACUCCUGUCAGAGCCAACUCUUCGGCCCAGUCUCUCUCUCACAGACAUUUUGACUUCCGGGAGAGCGUGAUACAAAGCAGAGAGUCGUGUCUGAUGCAAAAAACUGUCCUCGUGAUCCUCAUUUCAUACUGUAAGCUAACCAGAUUUAUAUCAAAGACAGCGUUUAUAUUAUUAUAAUAAUUAUUAUUAUUGAUGUUGUUGUUUGAAGUAUAAUUAUUAUAUUGUUGAUAUUUGUUAAUUUAUACAUUAGUCAGGCGACAUCUCGUAGCAAGAGCCAGGAUCAUGAGUAUAUGAGUUCUAAAUAAUUUUUAAAGGGAAACAGCUAUUUAUGUUUUUGUAGUGUUACUGUUGUGUUACUGUGACUCAGUUGUUGCACCACCGCAGGGAAAAAAGUACUGUAUUGUGUUUCUGCUCCGUGUACAGCUGCUCCGUGUACAGCUGCUCCGUGUACAGCUGCUCCGUGUACAGCGUUGUUGUGGUUCGUGUCAAAACUGAAGGUGUUCAUCCAAAACAUAUGUUUCACUUGACAAUGAUUAUUUAAGACCAGCAAUAUAAUCUUUUUAUCCAAGUUCACUUUGGACCUGUCUUCUGUUCACUGCAGUUGUGAAAUACUGCAACUGUACACAGGACACAAAUCAUCCGUGCCAAAGCCUGAGGGUUUGAAUCCCGUCAAAAAUGUGGGUAAUUAACAAAGCCAAGGAAAGAAGCAUUGCAGCUGUUCAAUGUACCCUGUAAAUUGGUGUGUUUUUAUUGAACAGCAGCAGAUCCUCUGCCUCCGUCUCAUGCUGUCCGUAACCUUCUCCACUGCUACACUAAACCGCCUGUCCAAGAGUCUUUUCUGUGGUGUUUCUCUUCAACUAACUACUAACACUAUCUCUCCUCAGCAGAUGUCUUGUCCACCUCUACCUUUUGCUCCUUGUGUUUAUCCCCAAAUUGCCUCACCUGAAAUCUGUCUCAUCAUCUUCUCAGGUCAGAGUUUAAUAUUUUAUUUGGUGAUUAGAUUAUUUUCUCAUGGGAUCAAAUCACAAAAUGACAGGAUGUUGUUUCUCACAAAUAUAAAAUAUUUCCCUGUAAUAUUGAGAUUGCACUUCAUCUUUAUUAGAUAUUUGAUAAUAUUAAUCAUGUUGUUUUUCAUAAUUGAGAGCUAGUCUCUCUGCCCCAGAGUCUUUCUCUGGGGCAGAGGUGGCUUAAUGGUUAAGGAAGCUUGACUUGGGUCUGGAAGGCUUUAGGUUUGAGUCCACCAGCUGCCGCGUUACCACUGAGGUGCUCUGAGCAUGACACCGUCCCCACACACUGCUCCCUGGGUGCUUAAAGCUGCCCACUGUUCACUUUGGUGAUGGGUUAAAACCAGAGGUCAUAUUUGGUUGUGAGCAGUGGUGGGCUGUGUCACAAUGACAAGGGUGAACUCCUUUAUUCACUUUAUUUUUGACAAUGUGUUGCAUCAUUUAAUUUGUCUUCCUGAGAUUGUUUCUCAUUAUCAUGAGAUGGUUCCUUUUAUUUUUGACAUACUUCUUUAUUACCAUCACAGAGUUUCUCAUGAUAAUGAGAUAAUUUCUCAUUACAGGACAGUAUUCUGAUAUAGUAUUUUACAUAUUUAGAAAAGAUCUGACUAUGAAGGUUUGUUAUGUUGGUCCUCAUUAUUAUAUUAAAAAAAUCUAUAUUUUUAAGUUAGUAUGCUGUAUUUUUAGAGAGUUAAUCAUUGCGAAAUAUUAAUAUAUUAUCACGAGAUCAGAGAUUGCGUUACAAUAUGACCAUUUCUCAGCAUUUUAACUUAUACAUUAAUUAAUGUUAUGUUAUUAAUUGAUUUUUUUAUUAUCACAAUGGCACUGUUGAACAGGAGAACCUGAAAAGCUUUGAAAAGUGAGAUAUUUUGUCACAUGUAAGAGCUUUUUUAAAUCAGUCAUUAGAUCAAGCAGCUCCAGCUUUCCAUAUGUUCAAAGGUAAGAAUGGACAGGUGAGUAAUACAUGUAAAUGUAAUGUAGUGUUAACAGUACUGUAUGUUAGUAAUUUUUUUUGGGAUGGGCUUGAUGGCUGAGAAAGCGAACCUGGGUCCGGAAGGCUUCAGGUCUGAGUCCACCAGCUGCCGCGUUACCACUGAGGUGCUCUGAGCAUGGCACUGUCCCCACACACUGCUUGUGGAACUCCCAUGGUGCAGUGCAUA